CAAGGGAAAAAAAAAAAGACUUGAUGCGCUUUAACCCUUUUUAACACCUUCACUGACUCUCUCUCUCUCUCUCUCUCUCUCUCUCUAACGUAGCACCAAGAAGGUUACAAGAACAUGACCUGCUCCUCUGCUUGUUAGCUCUCAUUGCCACCCUCUCUUUCUCUCUCUCUCUCCAUAUCUCUCUGGUUAAGGAGUAAUUAAGGACUUGGAAGAUCAAGAAGAAAGAUGGGUAAUGGAUACAAUCACCACCAGAAGCUGCAUCUCCAUCACAAGUCCACAUUCUUGCCGAUGCUUUGUUCAAGAACUUCCAUCAAAGAUGUGGCUCUUCCGAAAUUGGAAGAUCGAUCUAUGUCCUUCUCCAGUGACCCUUUAUCGCCAAAGAUCGGUUGCAUGGGUCAGGUCAAGAGACACAACAACAAGAUAGUUGGCUUCCCCACUUCUAACAAGAUCACCAUCACCAGAAGCGACACUAGUACUCCUGUCGUCAAAUAUUCUAAGCUAAAGAGGAUCUUCUCCGCCAAGAAUAGUUUCACUGCCACCACUGCUACAUCAGUACCAAAUACUACUAGUUCUUGUAGAAGAAGAGGAGUGAUCUUGAAUGGUGUAAGAGGACCCAAGAUUGAUCAUAGCAAAGAGAAUUCUGUUUAUAUUAGAAUAGAAGAUAUGGAUCCUCCAUUGCCUGUGAUCAAGAAAGUGCAUAAACCAGCUGCAGAUGGAGAAGUAGAUACCCUUUGGAAGAGGAGAUCUGGAGGGGCUGCAUUGAAAAACUUGCAGCUGCAGCAGAUUCAACUUAAUAGACAUAAUCUUGCACCAACUACUGUUUGAUGAGCAACUCCAAGGAAGGAAGGUCCUGGAACAUCAUUUUCUUUGCGGUUGUUGAGGCCAUUGUGUGUCUUUUUUGAGUCAGAUCAGCUUCAUUAGAGCCUUUGUGUAGUCCAUCUACAUUACAAAAAUCAUGCCCAAGAAUGAGCUGAUUGGUGCAUUUAAAGCAUGAUAUUUGUGCUUGAAUUAUAUUUGGGAUUUAAUUUCUUUCACUUUCCUAACCUUUCCACUUAAUUUAAUUUAUAAAGUGAAAGUCACUAAACUAAUCAAUUCCUCACAAUAAAUAUCAUUAUUGCUGUUGCAGAGGAACUGUUCUGUUGGAAG